UGUUUCAUCCUUUCAUAGUAAAGAGAGGUAUAUGCAAAAGUAACAGCAAAACAGCUGCCACAUUUUCGGUUUGAGAAUUAGGCGAAGUAUAUUCUUUUAUUAAAGGAUCUUGCUGUGGUUGUGGUGUUUAUUUUGUUGCAGUGUCGGAGUUAUCUUCUUGUCUUUUCAGCGGCCCACACAGUCUGUUUAGCAAUAUUUUAAUUUCGUUGUUUGCAGACGUGGACAGUGGCGCAGCGCUUUUGCAGCGAAAUCUGGUCUCAGCCACCAUGCACGCCAAUUAUGGAAAUCCUGCUGGUGGAACUCCGUGUAAAUCCCAGCUGCCUGAUCAUGAUUGCACUGUUUCCUGUAAUUCUCAGAGCCACAAGAACUCCCUGGUGCGCUGUGUCAGUCGCGCUAAAAAUUGCUCAGAUCUACUUCGAUGGUUCACUUGCAUUUGCUCCACACGAAGACCCUUCAGAGUCAGAGAUUCUUAUGGUCAGUCCGGGCUCCAUCUGGCCGCCAGUCUCGGAAAAAAUGAUAUAAUAUCGCUAUUUCUGCGCCAGCGAGGCGUUGUGGAAGGCAGUCGUACUGAUGGAAACAAGGCAGGAAUCAACGAAUUGGAUAAUGAGUCUGGUUGGAGUCCACUGCAUCGAGCUGUCUUUCACGGAGAGAUCGAAUCUGCUGCACUCCUUGCUGCAAAUGGUGUGGAUUUGAAUUUGCGUGACCACGAUGGCUAUACCGCUGCUCAGUUGUUACUGUUCGAUAUGGGCGAUGUGAUGCAGGUGAUUAAUCGGUCGUAUGAAGAGCCGAAGGAUUGCUUUCCGGUGGCAUUCUAUUCCUGGGGAAGUAAUAUGAAUUUUACACUGGGCUUCGGGGAUGACCAUGAACGAAACGUUCCGGACCGCAUCCGUGCUCCUUUUCCCAGUGGUCGAUGCAUGGUGGCCUGUCAGAGCGUGCAGUCGGGUAUUGCCUGCACGAACUGCGGUAAUUCUAGUCUGGAAGCCUUGCGGAGUAUUGCCAGGGGAGAAAUGCAUCUGCAGAUUCCUGCGCAAGAGGAACAUCAGCUUCUUAAAAAUCCCAAAUCCACGCUGCACACGAUCGUUCCGCGGGAGCUAGCAGAAUACAGAAUCCGGGAAGCUAUACCGCUUCCGGUCAUUGAUAUUGUGUUGCGGAAGUUCCAUACUUUAUUCCUGACGCCAGAUGGGACUGUUUUCGCGUGCGGACACGGUCGUGGUGGUCGCUUAGGGUUGGCAAUGGAGACAACCCUACUCCAUCCUACACGAAUUUCUGUUCCAAAUCAUCCUCGAACGAAAUUUAUCGCCAUUGCUGCUGGCUUGAAUCAUAGCGUUUUCCUCACCUCGCAAGGGGCGGUAUAUGCAUGUGGAUCUAAUGAGUAUUUUCAGUUGGGAAUUAGCGGCACGCCGGCUACAGUUUUGAUUCCAACCGAAAUUUCUACUCUCCCGAAUUUGAUCCACGGCCAGUUUAGGCGCCAGGGCGGGUCUAUAGUGGAAGUUAAGUAUAUUGGAGUAGCCGCGGAACGCUGUCAUACCAUGGUGUGGACGAAGGAUUCGCUGUACGCUUGCGGUUACAAUGGCGGUCAGUUAGGAUCAAGGCCGGACAGAAGCGGAAAGUCUCAAAAAAUUGCAACUGUGGGUGCUAGCCUUGUUAAGCCGGAAUUACCUGCGGAAUUGAUAUCCGUGCUGUUCCGUGAAAUUACGGAAAUAAAAUCUCUUAUGCCUGCCCGGUUUGUACGAUGCAGCGAUGCGGCCGUGCUGGUCUGCGGAGCACAAUUUGAUAUUAUCCUUCUCCAUGAGUAUGAAGUUAAACGAUUAGCCAAAUUGCCUCGCCUGUUUGGAGUAAGGCCUGACCAGUUCUGCCGGUUAACGGAACUUUGUGUAUUUGGGGGUAAUUUGGAAUUACCAGGAAAAGAAGCAUCGUUACGUCGCAGUUUGGUCAUUGUUGCACUAGUUUCGGAUGUGCCACUACUAUACCUGGAUUCUGGAAAGGGAUCAUGGCUCCCGGUUGCUCUGGAAGGACUUCCCAGGGAUAUGGAAGCCAUUUAUCACAUCAGUGUUUCCGCUGACACACUAAUGUUAUGCACGCAGUAUGGAGAAUGUUACAAAGUGAAGCUCUCGCAUCCUGAGCGCAAAAAUCGUCCGGAAAGUCAGAGUUGAUUACCUACUGGCAUGCCCGAACGUGUGCCACGGUUGCAUCGUGCAUUAAAAGUUUUCUCGGAGCCUGGUGGCCGGAAUUUUGCUGUCAUUCAAACCCUGCCUCCGUACCAUUUUCAGCCCUGCAUUACCCAAUGGUUUGAUGAUUUCUGGGUAGGCGAAUCGCGAAAUUUUCGUCAGGAGAAUUCAGUAAAGCCUGAUGUGCAUAUCAUUUUCAACGAAUUCAUCUUUGAGAUGGAACGUUUGACGCUUAUAACCGGCAGUCGUUGGUUUCGAAAGCAUUUACUGAAUGUUAGUCCCCAACCGAAUCCUGAUCGGACUACUCCAACGGUGUUGGAUGUGAGCGGAAUCACUUCACUGGACCAGUUGCGAAUUGAUCUAGAUAACGCUUACUACAUGAAAGAAUGGCCCCAGAUUCAAGAAAAUUGUUAUGCUAGGGGCAAAAAUUUAUGGGAUAUUGAACCGGAUAUGCAAAUUUUCUGCGAUGAAGAUGGUGCUCUUCUUAACUGUCACCGGUGGUUGCUUGUUAGUCGCGUGCUGUAUUUUUCAUGUUUGUUGGAAGGAAAUCGAUGGAAGGAUUCUAUGAAAGAGCGCGCACCGGUUUUACCAUGCAAUCAGAAGAUAGGGCUGAGCUUUUUGGAAUUCAUUUAUACGGGACGCAUAUCGUCGCCUUUAUGGAAUUGGGACGACUGUAUGAAUCUCUUACGCUUGGCUGAUUUUCUUGUAGAGGACAAAAUGCGAACAGAAGCCGUGAAAUAUUUUAAGCCAUCCUUUAAUAGCGACCAGGUCGCGAAUUUGUACAGGAUUUCUAAUAUGCACAAUUCUGCGGCUUUGAAAGAGCAGUGUAUGAAGCAAAUGUCGUGGAUGCUGCCAGAUCUGUUGGAAUCAAGACAACUGGAGACACUGGACGUCACAUCUCUAAAGAUGUUAACAAGCAUCUAUAAAGAACGGUAUGAAGUAUUUGAUGAGCGUAUCAUUCCGCCUUAUACUUUUCCCGAAAUCGAUUCCGCCGUUGUUGAUUUAACCGAACCGAUGGAAUAUCCGGUUGAUACUGAACCCGACUCUUUGACGGAACCACAUUCGUCGAAAACCAAAUCUAAAAAGCACACAAAAAGAUAUAACCAAGAAGGGAAUAUUUCUGAUUCACUUGAUAAAACAGUUGGUAAUAUUGUCGACGUGUCUCGGGCUUCGAAAACCGAAAAUCCGAUCCAGUCCUGCAGCUCCCACCAAAAACUUCAUGCCGAAAGCGAAGCAUGGCAUGUUGUGUCAUCUGUCGAUUUAAAAUCUAAAAUAAGGAGAUUGAAAGAUCCUAAGAUUGCCAGUUCUGGCGGCGUGGAUAGUUUCGUUCCCCAAAGCUCAACAAAACCAUUUGGAUUUGAUGACUCGUCCAUGCUAACACUGCAUGACACACCGCCAGAAAUAUCCAAACCGUCUACAAGCAAAUUGGUGCCAGAAGUCGACUGUAUGGACGAUGAAGAAGAAUACUUCCCACCUGCAGCAUCAUCCUCUCCAUUGGCUGUCAAAGCUCAUAAGAAUGUCCAAAGCGGCAGUUCUGGCCCUCGAAGUAGCCUUUCGUCGAUCUUCGAAGAGCAGCGACGCGAAAGUGUUAUGCAAGCGAAGAAAACGCAGUCAGUGAUUGUCCAUGGCGCUAAAAAUCCUCACAGAAAGCGAUUUGUAGGUCAAAAGCUGUCUUUCGAGGAAGCCCAGGCAGUUGUCACUCCUCCAGUGAAGCCUUCCUCAGCAGAAGGUGCUCCACCCAAGCGUACCGGUAAUCCUUGGAAUAAGCCUCAGUCAUCCGGAACACUGCUAAGUGAUAUUAUGAUGAAAGAAGAAAAUGCGAUCACAGUGGAAGCACAGCCAUCGACUUCCAAACCUUCAACGCCUGCACGAAGAUCUGUAAACAGCGUGCAGGAGAAGCAUAUGAAGCUGACCGCAAAGUUUGUUCCAGUUGUUAAGGCAUCACCCCAGUGGGGCUCACCGUCCGCUGUACCGGAGCCGGUUUCCAGUCCAGUGGAUAGCUUUCAACAGAUUUUACGAGACGAACAGGAACAACAAGCCCAGUUGCAGCGAUCUCGCUCGCGGCCAAUGCAUAUCAUCCAGAUUGAAGAACGAGCUGUGGAAGAGUUGUUAGAGUUUUACGGUGCAAGGGAGAACCCGGAAGAGUGUAUCGAAGUUUUCUGUGUUGCUCCGAAAGAGGCUCCAGCUAGCUGGUCAGCUCGAGCAUUCCUGCUGAUCAAGGACAUUUCGGGCAAUCUGACCAGUGAUGAAGUGUCGCAGUAUUCUCGUCAGUUAGUCCUUCCUGAGUUCGCUCUCAAAGGACAAGUGCAGUUAAAAAACACUUCGUUCCUCGUGGUUGGAGCCGGUGGCUUGGGGUGUACUGCCGCUAUCCAUUUGGCUGGAAGCGGAGCAGGUAAAAUAACGAUCGUGGAUCAUGAUCGAAUCGAGUGCAGUAAUCUCCAUCGUCAAAUUAUGUAUUCUACGAAGGACAUUGGGAGAUUCAAGGCAGAAGUCUUAGCCGAGCGCUGCAACAAUCUGAACCCGCUAGCGGCGUGCAAGCCAGUGGCUCACUGUACCCUUCUCACCACAACAAAUGUGGAAGAAUUUGUGAAAACUCACGAUGUUGUUUUGGACUGCACCGACAAUGUGUACGCGCGAUAUCUGCUGAAUGAUGCCUGUGUUUUGGCUGGGAAACCGUUGGUUUCUGCCAGUGCACUGAAGUUUGAUGGACAGUUAAGCGUUUAUAACUGGAAAGGAAGUUUAUGCCGAAGAUGUUUAUUUCCGGAUCCACAUCGUUUGCAGACCCAAAGUUGCGACGAUAAUGGAGUAAUGGGGCCGGGUACGAAAAAGCUUGUAGCACACAGUGCCCAUGAUGGAUGCCUUAAUUGUAGUAAUGGUUUAUAUCAGUCGAGUAGGAGUGCUGCGCAGCAACUUGUUUUUGGUUUCCACCUGUUGAUCGGUCACCUUUUAGUGCCGGGCAUAAUGGGAGCACUGCAAGCACUAGAAGCCGUCAAAUUAGCAAGUGGAAUGGAUGUUUCCUUCGGUGGUGUGCAGCUGCAUUUUGACGCCCUGACUGGGACUUUCUAUCGCAUUAAACUGCGCAGCCGAAAUCCUAGCUGUCCGGUUUGUGGAGAAAAUCCUUCCAUAAUAUCACUAAACGAAGAACUUCUCGGACCUAAUACCUGUUUGAUGCGUCAGCCAGAAAUACCGGCUGAUCAAACACUGACUGAUGUUGACCGAAUUAGUGUGGUCCAGUAUAACGAUAUGCUGCAGAUCGGAAAAGAUCAUUUGUUGAUAGAUGUACGACUUCCUGUUGAACUGGAGAUCUGCGGCUUUCGUGAUUGCUUAAAUAUUCCGAUGGAAAAGCUUAUGGAUCUUAAUAGAUCUGAUGAAAUUCGAGAGCAGAUUCUAUCGAGAAAAGGGGAUUCCCAAACUUCCCGUGUAGUUGCGCUAUGUCGGCGGGGAAAUGAUUCUCAGAUUGCUGUACAUCUUUUACGGAAGAUUCUGAAUGGUCUAUCCAUGGAUAUCAAAGACAUAAAAGGUGGUUUAUAUAGCUGGCAUCGCGAAAUCGAUAAAACUUUUCCUAUCUAUUAAGCAUGGUUUUUUGUACUAUGCGUUUGCUUUCUAUGUAAACGAUGCCAUACCAUUUGCACUACCACUAUUUAAUGCUUUCCUCAAAGUGAUAAUAAAACCACAUGUGUACUGCGAUAUGAAAUACUGUAUUGUGUAUUGCGGUGUAAAAAUACGAUGUAAUUUCCUUUUUAUUGCUCACACCUCGGGCGAAAAUU